UAGUUGAAUUCUGUCUGGAAUUUGAGCUCAAGCUUCAUCAUAGUCAUCCUGGCAGUUGAAUCUAUUUUGCAAGAACAAAGUUCAAUAGACAACAAUGGCAUCGUUGGACGAAGUAGCACAAUUUAAAGUAUGGGCAACAAGACUUGGUUGUCCUUUGGAGAAAAUACCGCCUGAUGAAAUACUCAAAAAAUACAUCCGAGGUAAGGAGAGCAUUCUCUUCCAGCAAAUUAUGAAAGCAGUCCGACCGCGCCAGGAAAUCGCCACGAUGCGGAACAAUGUACUCGUAUCGCAACUGAAACAUUAUCGAAGUUUAGGCAGUGUUGUAGCUCAAUCCAAACUUAACCAAAUGCCUGAAGAGCUCCGACGGUUUGAAAAGGUAGGAAAAUUAAAAGCUAAAUGUGCUGAGACAAAAGGGCGAAUUAUGAGUUCGAUUAACGCAUUAAACUCAGUGGCGGGUAAGAUCAAAGAGAAAAAUAUUCAAAAGGUAAGUCUUGCUACGAAACUUCGUGAAGCUGACGACAAACUCUGCUUUCAUAGAGCUGUAAACAAUUAUUUGGCAAAAAUGUCCACGAAAGAGGUUGAGAUCAAAGAAACCAUCGACCACCUGAUGCCCGUAAAGAUUAUGGAUUCUUCUAAAACUAAAAUAGAUGCUGAAAAUGCUAUUAAGCUUUGUUUGAAGAAAUUACAGGAUUUUUACUCGAAAUUCUCUGAGUUUAAGCAGGAAGGAUGCAAACAGGCUCAGCAAGUCUUGUGGGCCAAUCUGAAAACCGCUCUGAAAGGUAUUCCAAACUAUUAUCUUUGGAGUGUUUUAAUGGAAAUGAAGGAAAAGCAGCUUUUAGAGAUAUCUGAAGCAGAUCGACAGCAGAAUGAGUUUGAGAAAAAUACAACCUUAUCGGAUCAAGAUAUGUUACAAGUAAACAUGGCGAAGCUGUGCGGUUCUCAUAUUAACCUCUUCAUUGAUUUGGUUUCUAUGAAGCAUUCCGUGCAGUCCUUGCGGGAGGACUAUUUGACAAAGUACACGCCGUUUUCUCAGAUGCUGGAAAGUAAAAUGAAUUUGCUAAAUGUCAUGGACGAUGAGGCGGAUGCCAUUCUGGAAGAUUAUAUGCUUCAAUCGACAACGAAAGAUUACAAUCAAGGUCAGCUGGAGCUGAUAAAUAAAGAGAUUGAGAGAAAGAAGCAAGAGAUUAAAAUUCAAACAAAAAAGUUGGAGAACCAUGAACAAUUGCUUGCACAAUUAAGAGAAAUAUAUAAUGAAAUUGAUUCUUACUCGGAGAAAAUUCAAGAAGAAAUUCAGCUGCUCAAUCAAAUAAAAGAAAAAAUAACGUACUUUAAGCGAUUCAGUCGCUACACCGUUCACAACAUGCGUCAGAAGACUGCAAAUCAGACGAUGAAUCUGAGCGAACAAUCUUUGAACCUCACAAGGCUUGAAAGCAAAUCAAUCUCCCACGUCCCGGUAUAUUCUCCAGCAACUCUUCCACCAUACAGAAACGAACUUGCACUUCUUGCAGAUAUUCCGUUCUCCAAAUUUAAUCGAUCGUCUAAGAUUCCACUUUUUUCUAUGGACAUCCACAUCUGCUUACUCACAGGUCGUGAGCCUAGUUCAGUGCUAUCUCUUUUGCCAAACUGCUUUUCGUCAGCAGAAAUGUCAUUACAAGCGGUCAGAGCUGUCAUCAAAUUUGACGAAUGUCUCAGGUCAUUUACGCAAGACAUCAAACCGGAGAUGGACACGGUUGCUUUGGAUGAUCAACACUAUCGGCAGCUGUGGGCGACAAAUCAUGAGAAAAUUUGUGAACUACUGGAUGAAAUUGAAGCGAUUUCGGGUAAUACGAAGCAAGUGAUUGGGAAAAGUCGCGUCUACUACAAUUUCGUGCUAUCCAACGCACUAAGAAAAUUCGUUCCGCCGAAAAAGCUGUUUAAUGGGCGAAACUACCGUGAAUAUGAGUGCGAAUAUAUGAUGUAUUAUCGGAUGAUUAAUGGCACAACGGGAGAAAAUUGAUCGGAUUUGUUCUGGUAACGUAGUAUUUUAUCGAGUAUUGCAUUCGAUGCGCAUUAAAUGAUUAUGUAGAAUAUAUUGUAUAAAAUUUUC